AUGGCCAUCAUCGGAAAUGAAUACCGUUCAGCAAUCUCUCCACCAACAGCCCCAGACCACAGUCUCCAUAUGGCCAUCUAUCGUCGUUACGGCCCCGUCUCAACUACUGCCCAAGAUAACCGGUCUUCAUCUCCAUCUAAUGCCACCAUACCUCUGAAAACUAGACCAUGUGCUGUCACGCCACGGUCCCGCAUGCCAACAAUCAAACGAUACCCAGUUUUCCGACUCAUAUAUGAGGGUGGUACUCGAUCCAUACACAAGCUAUUCGUUCAGACUGCAUCAGAAGGACCGGUUUGCGGACUAUAUCUGCAAGUUACUGGGACGCCCGAGACUGGCAUGCGUUAUUCCGAAGUACCUGGUGAUGACCCAGAACGUGCGAUGCCUGGCCCGUUGAUUAGGAAGACCUGUAUGGGAUCCAUCUCAGCCGAUAGCUUGGAUCGCUUUCGGGAUAUAUGCCGGCGUGGACACCCCCAGAGACCGCCGCCUGGCCCUGAUUGUCGGACAUGCACGUGGCAACCAACGUGCCAUUCGCAAGAAUGGGUGCAAGACACCAUUGACCUCAGUGUUGCUGAUGGUAUUUUGGACAUUGGAAACUGA